AUGACUGACUCUCCUACUGUUGCUGCCGCCCCACCCAAGCUUCCUUCUCACGUCAAGAAACCAAACGAAGAGGAACAUAAAAAGGCACUGGAAGAACUCAACGCGCGCAUUGACAAGCUCAAGAAGCAGCAGGAUGCAGUCAAGGAGAAAAUCAACAAGCUACCUGGCAAAUCAGACAACACUCGUCGGGAUGAGCUCCGUGCUCAACUUGCCGACUUGCGUGAUAAGCAAGCCGAAAUAAAAAAGGGCAAGCAAGCCGUGUUUGAACAAUUGGAUGCACUGAACGACUCGAUCCGUAAGAAGGUCAACAACAUCAAGUCAUUCCAAGCCAAGGUUCCUUACAAGACUAUUGCUGAGGUGGAUGAACGUAUCAAUGAACUCGAAAGCAAAAUCGAAGGUGGUAUGUUGCAAGAAAUCUCAUUGUUGAAGCGCAGCCGUACACAAGUGGAAGGAGUGGACGAACAACAAGAAGCUAUUGACAAAGAACGCACAAUCUAUAACGAACUGCGGAAAAACAUUGACGACAGCGACUCGAAGAAAUACAGUGAGCAAUACGAAAAGGCAAAUGCCGAGCUCAAGACGAUUCAAACCGAUCAGAACCAAGCACGAGAAGUCCGUAACAAACUGUACGACGAGCGAACACGGAUCAAGGGACUGUUGGACGAAGAAUACAACCAACUGCGCGCCAUGCGUGACGAACACCGCAAGGCUAAUGACGAAUACUAUACGUUUGUCCGUCAAUUGCGCGACUACAAGCGUGAGCAAGAAAAGUUGCGCAAGCAACAGAUGGAACAGGAGAAGCGUCAAGAGGCUGCUCAAAAGGAACUCGAAUUGGCUGCACUGCCUGCAUUCGAACAUGAAAUCACACUGUGCGACAACCUGUCCAACUUUUUGCAAAGCUUUUUGAGCGGAAACAACAGCAACAAGGAGGCUACGUUACCCGGUGGUCGUGAGCUCAACAUGCCCGAAGGUGUGGCACUGGUCAAGAAAUCGGACCGCGAGGAAGACUAUUUCGUGGGCGGUGGCAAGAAGAAGAAGGGUAGCAAGGGUGGCAAUGCUUCAUCAGUACCAGCAGCAAACAACAAGGAAAAGAAGACUGCAGAUGCGCUCAAGUUGCCAUUGUCUACGAUGGAAGGCUUCUUUGAAGUCAAGGUCACCGUACCCACCAAAGUCUCGGAUAUCCCCGAUACGCUCGAAAAGCUCAAGGAACGCAAGGAGCAGUACUUGGCUGAUCAGCCCAAGGUCACCGAGGAGAACAAGAAGCGGGCACAGGCCAAGAUUGAGGCUAUGCUCAAGAAGGAGGAAGAGGAAAAGAAAUUUGCUGACGCUGAGGCUGAGGCUGCCGAAAAGAAGGCUGCUGCCCCUGCUACCACCACCACCACCACCACCACCACUGAUGCUGCUGCUGCUGCUGCUGCUGAACCAGAACAAGAAGCCGCUGCUCCUGCUACUGAAUCUCAGUAA